ACUAAAUGUGUUUUUUGCAGACGACAGUUCCCGCGAAAUGUUAAGCAUGAUGCAGACGACAAAUGUGGAAAACCGGAGUGUCCACGCAUAGCCACCACAGAUGAAAAGGCUAAGAUCAUCUGUAAUGGACAUCAAGGCCUUUUUGCAAUGCAAAAAACUUCGACGCUCUCACAGACUGGAAGCUAAGGAAAAUUCAGGAACACAAACGGAAAAAAUGAAAUUAGGAUCUCUUGGGCACUUCAGCGUACUUCCUUUAGAGUUGAAAUUCUUCAUUUUACGGUAUCUUACAGUUGAAGAUUUGAGUAUUUUGACAAUAACAUCAAAAGCCAUGAGAAACUUGAUAGAAGGAUACAGAGUUUUGAUGCCUCUUAUUCCAAGUGAUCUCAUGAAAAGACUCCAUAUAACCAAAACCUCACAGGCCUUCCCCCAUGAUAAGCAAAAAGCCUUUCUGGACACAUUUUACAGAUUAGGCCUACUUACCAAAAGGUCAACUUGCUUGUAUGCAACUAGAGACAGACUCAAAUUUGUUAAUGAGAUUUUGACAAAGAUGAUGUGCAAUAAUUCUGACUGUGAUAACCUGACCCAGUGCAUGUCACUCGCCUGCUUUGGGAAGUUCCUCCACACUGUGAUUGCUGGUUGGGACGAUUCGGAAUGUCAGAGGACCUAUGAUGCAAUCGCCCAUCACACCUGUCUGUUGAAAAAUGUCAAGCUUGUUAUCAACAGCAAGCCAGGUACCCAUGUCCAAACAGAGCAUGAAGUAAGGACCUUCCUUAGGAGGGUGAUACUGGACCACUGCCAGUCAAUAGUGGACAGAGCGUUCUGGUUGGGAAGAAUCCUGAAACCAUGGCCAAUGGUUCAUCAGGCCAGGAUAUUGUUCCUGCUGUAUGGGCCAGAAAUCAAUGGAGAAAUUCAGUGGUAUGAGUUUUGUGUAAGCACACCUGUUAACCCAGAACAGUCUGCGAAGCAUUUUGGAGAGUUGGCCAAUGCAGUGCAAAUUCUACAUGGCUAUCGGCGUGAAUGGACAGAGGAUGACAUCAUUAGUAUCCUGGAUGAACUUACAAAUUCUCCCGAGGAAUGGAUGGCAGAGAAUGUGGCACACCUAUUUAUCCUUUGUGGUGAUGUUAUUACGUCCAAAAUGCUGAUCAGCAAAGCCAUUAAUGGAAGAACUGUUGAACUUUCCACGAUUACUACUUCAUUUUGUGUGGUUUGUGUAAAGAACAGUUUCAGCUUGUCGUAUGUCCUUGGAAUGAUACACAACAUUAUUGGAGCAAUGGAUAAGCCAAAGGAUCGACUGCACUACCUCAAUAGUCUGAUGGACAUGUUUAGGGAGCUUAUUUUGGAUUUACAUGAAUUCUCUGAUCAAGAAGAUGGACGUGAAAAUGACAUGUACUACAUGGUCACAGCUCUCUCUGAAUUUACAAAGAAAAUAGUCGUCGUGGCUUUCAAGAACAUGCUGACAAGUUGAGUUUCCGAAGACUAUAACAAAGGAUGCUGGCUGUGAUUCCGCAAAUGAAAUAUGACUUGAACUAUCUCCAAAAUUACUUCUCCUUACAGAUCUUAAAAGCAUUAAUGAAUACUGAAGCUAUGAGGAAAUACCAACCAAAAAUUUCAAAAGCGUUUUGAAAGCUGUUUUUUUUACACUUGAAUUGUGUUGAAUGUACACAUGCAGUAUCAUGUGCACAUUGUUACUUUUUUACAUGUCUGUGAUCAGAAUUUGUUAAUAAAUGUACAUGUACGUGUGUAUAUCGCAUUAUGUUUUGUGAUUAAAGUGUUAAUAUUUAAUAUUUUGUUAAACGUUUUAUCAUGAACAAAUAAAUGGAAGACUCCGGCUAUUAAUUAACUUGCACAAUAUGUGCCCCAAAUUAGAAAAUUUUAAAUAUCGUUAAAUUACAUCCCAUCUGCUGAAUUUGGAAUGGGGGCAUACAGCAAAGAACAAUAUACCAGUAUUUUACAGAAUUAAUACAUCUACAGAUAUUGUAAGGAAAAGAAUUUAGUGCAAUAGUUUUUUUUCUUCUGAAACACAAGAUGGCAAUUUCCCAGACCACAUUUUAUUCCAUAGAAAAUGAUAUGAGAAGAGCCCAACUUUCGAAUCUGUCCAUAAGAAUAAAAAUCUAAAUGGAUUUAAAUAAAAAAAUAAAUGUUCAUGUUUUCAACUCUGAUAAAUCAUUAAUAUCAAUUCUUAAAUAAAGUUUUCAUUAAAAUUUCCUCGGAAGAAAUGAAACAAGUCUGUCAUACUAAAAGCAUGAAAGAGAAGAUGUGAUUAACGAUAGUUUUGGGGUUUUUCUAACAACCAGCAUUAGAAAUACAAUUUAUUAUGUUGAUAUCCUGUAUAUGAAUCUAAAUGAAGAAACUAGGUAACACAAAAAGAUAUUUAUUGCACAAAGGCAUAAAGUAUAACACAUAGUAGAACUAUUUCUCUACUGACAAAGAUAUCACAGAUAAUGAGCCUCUUCAUCCAGACUGUCAUAAAGCUGAAGGUUACACAGCGACUCAGUUACCACUCAGUUAUACUGUUAUAAACACCAAAACAAUCUGUACAGUGUUCUAUGUCAUAUGUCUAAAGAUCAACAUAGUCGUAAAAUGCCUAUGCCUGACACAUUAAUAAUUGUUGGCAGAUCCAUCCUGCAUACACUACAGCAUCUAGUGAUAAUUUUCAAUUUUUGGCAAAUCAUACGAAUGUUAAGUAGACUACCUAGCUCUAUGGGCCAGUGAAAAAAUCUGAGGCCACCUAGAAAACAUGCAACCUUCAGAGCAUAAGUGUUAGUUUAGGCCAAAGAAUAAAUGUGUUGGUUAUUAGGCAGUCAAUAAUUGAUUAUUUCAAUUUUCAAUAUCAAAUUCAAUAUUUUGGGAAUCUUGCAAUAAAAAUAAAUAUAAAAGACUUGUCUAUUGCAUUAUAUUUUGAAAAUUUUGGCCUGAGAACCAGUUCAUUAAUUUUUUUGGCCUUAACACUGGUCAGAUCCAUUCAAGAAUGUAUGCACCCUUACAGUUAUAACACUGUUUGUAUUCAGGUGGAGUGGAGAGAUUAAAAUAGGAAAUGGAGAGAAAAAGUUUGAUUGUGUUAUGAUGAAAACUCUUGGUUCUAAGCCGAACGCUGUUUCAUGGAAUACGGUGGUUAAGUGAAUAAAAGUACAGAAAAUAACCAGUACAAUACACAUAUAAAAAAAUACAACACAGAACAAAAAUAUAUAUGUCAUAACAGUUGUAACAAGUCAGAUGGAUUUGAUCUUACCCACAUAUAUAUGAACAUAAACCCAUAGAGAAAAAGUCAAUGUCUAAUGUAAAUAGUUGUACCAAGUUGUAAUUAAUAACUGUAAAUAUUAAAAAAAUUUGCCAAAGUAAUAAUUGUUUGCCAUUAAUAUGAAAAAUAAUGUAUUUAAAAAGGUUCAUUCAAGAUAUUUUACUAAUAAACCAAGUGAGUUUAUAACGGGGUGUAUUCGUUGGCUACUCCAGAACUGGUAGACAAUGGAGAUCUACCCGAGAUCUCCAUACUGCAAAUGAGCAUAUUAGGAUUACUCUUGCAGCUCUCAAAUCGACCAAACGAAUACACCCUCAGUUAUCUGGUGUUCUUUAAAUUUAAAAAAAAAAGCCUUUGUUUAAGAGUGAGGUAGGUUGAAAUGAGAUCCAUAGAUGCAGUUUUUUGCAUAUGAUCAAUAUAAAUUUACGCUUCAGAAAUAUUGAAAAAGAUAUUGAAUAAUUGGAUAAUUUUUUAUGUUUAUACAUGCAUAUGCAUAUUUUUGUGCACUUCUAAAAUGUCAAAAGACAAAAAAAAUAUUAGCCUGAUAUAGAUGUCAAGUAUAUGAUAGGGCAUGAUGAUAUACACAUUUAAUAAUGUUCAGUACAAAGAUAUUUUAAAAAGGAAUGCAAGGCUCUAGAAAAUACAUGUGAAGCUGCUAUAAUAUAACCCAAUAUAGCCAUGGAAUUCAUGAUAUUUUUAAAGUCAUAUAUUGAGACUCUAAGUAAGAUCAUUACAAUCUAAAUUAGUAUAGGAUUUCCGUGUUUAUAUUUUUCAGUACCAGAACUGAAUUUCGAUAUUGGCCCUCUAUUCUCAGUGAGGAAACCCUCCCCUUCUGUUUAGUACUAUACGUAUAAGAUAAAAUUUAGAAUUGUUGGGAAUUUAAGAUAAUGUUAUAGUGAAUACACAUAAAACUACACAAAUGCACCAAAUACACAAAUUGUUCAAGUUGUGUUCACCAGUAAAGACAUACGAGUAUAUAUAUAUAUAUAAGUUGUAAAAAAAAACCAAAACAAACAAAAUUGAACACAAUUCUUUAAAUUAAUGCAAGAUUGAUUCUAAAAAGGUUAAAACAUAUGACUAGAGAAAUCUCCUCUGUAUAAAAAAGGAGGAAACAACAGGAAUUCUCUCAGAACAAAGUGAUUGUUAGGUAACAGUGUACCUAGAUACAUAAAGAUAAAAUGAAGAGUAUAGCAGAGUUUGUUAGUUAACAGAAUCUUUUCUACACAUAAACGGUGUCAAUACACAUCUGUGAACCUGUCCACAGCAACAGGUAUAAGUAGUACUUAUUCUCUAUUACCUUCAAACAUUCAACAUGCCUAUCCAU